AUGUACAGAAGCAACCAGACCAGCAUCUUUGAAUUUCUUCUCAUGGGCUUCUCUGAGCACCUGGAGCAGCAGCCUCUCCUGUUUGGGCUCUUCCUGGCCAUGUACCUGGUCACCGUGGUGGGGAACCUGCUUAUCAUACUGGCCAUUGGCUCUGACCUACACCUCCACACCCCCAUGUACCUCUUCCUGGCCAACUUGUCCUUUUCUGAUAUUGCUUUUAUCUCUACAAUAAUUCCCAAGAUGCUAGAUAAUAUUAGCUCAGGAACUAAACUGAUUUCUUAUGGCGGGUGUCUGACACAACUCUACUUCUUUGGCCUAUUUGCAGAUCUGGACAACUUUCUCCUGGCUGUGAUGGCACUUGACCGCUACGUGGCCAUCAGCCAACCCCUCCAUUACACUGUUACCAUGAACUCCCAACGCUGUGUCCUGCUGGUGGCUGGGUCAUGGGUGAUCACUAUCUUCCAUGCCCUAGUACAUACCCUCCUCGUGACCAGGCUUUCCUUCUGUGGUCCCAAUAUCAUCCCCCACUUCUUCUGUGAUCUGGUCCCACUCCUGAAGCUGGCCUGCUCCAGUACUUAUGCCAAUGACCUGGUGCUCACCCUUGUGGCAGGAACACUGCUGAUUGUGCCCUUUGUCUGCAUCCUUACUUCUUACUUUUACAUUGCAUUGGCCAUCCUGAGAAUCGAUUCCCCACAAGGUAAGCAAAGGGCCUUCUCCAGCUGCACCUCCCACCUCUCUGUGGUCUCUCUGUUCUACAGCACAGCUAUUGGUGUCUAUUUAUGUCCUCCAGCAUCCCACUCAGAUGGGAAGGACAGAGUCUUCUCAGUAAUGUACACGGUGGUGACCCCCAUGUUGAACCCCUUCAUCUAUAGCCUGAGAAACAGGGAUAUGAAGGGGGCGCUGGAAAAGCUACUCAGAAAAAAACACCCUAACACUCUUUUAGGAACUUAG